UUGAAUUGUCAUUGGCUGGAAAUAAGUUAAGGUCAGAUGAUACCAUCAGAGACUGAAGGUCAUUGGACUCAGUUUGUGAAAUGUAACAGAUUAAACAUAGAAAGUAAAUGUAAACGCUGAAUCAGCAAUAUCUCCCUGGUUCCGACAAGAAAACUGGUCAUGGCAGCAACACUGCAACAAAUUACUACUGUAACUGGAGUGGAACUCGAACCUCCUCCUCCAUCUUUGAAGGUAGAAUUCCAAACCCUUUUGACACCAGAAGCGAUCCAGUUCCUAGCAGAAUUGGUCUCUACUUUUGAUGCAGACGUUGAUGAGAUGUUACGGUUGAGAAGCAUUACAAAGUUAGAACUGGAUCGUCAUGGCGGACUUCCUGAAUUUUUGCCCCAUACCUUACACAUCCGAAAGGAUGAAUCCUGGAGAGUUGAACCAGUCCCUCGGAGGUUACAGAACAGGCACGUCGAUCUUGGUGAUGUGUCUCCAACCAACACUGAACAUUUCACCAAGGCCUUAUGUUCCAAUGCACAGGGCAUUCAGACAGAUUUUGAUGAUGGUCACUGUCCAACCUACUCUAAUCAAAUCCAAGGUCUUUUCAAUGUAUACAAGGCAGUUCACAAUCAAUUUCCAGAUGUACCGCCUAUUUCAAAGGCCCCCAUUCUAAUGCUAAGGCCUAGAGCAUGGAACAUGGUCGAACACAACAUGCUGGUUAAUGGAAGGGAGGUGCCUGGCCCUCUGUUUGACUUUGGAUUAUUGAUGUACCAUAAUGGGCGAAUUUUAUUCGAAAAUGAAUGUGGUCCUUUCUUUUAUUUGUCAAAGGUUGAAAGCCAUUUGGAGGCCAAAUUGUGGAACAAUAUAUUUGUCUGGGUUCAGAAGAAGCUGGGUUUGCCAAUUGGAUCGAUCAAAGCCACUGUCUUAAUAGAAAGUAUCUUGGCCACGUUUGAGAUGGAGGAGAUUCUUUAUGAGCUGCGAGACCAUUCUGCUGGGUUGAACUGUGGAAUCUGGGAUUACUCAGCCUCUUUCGUAAACAAACUUGGCUGUCGUCGAGAGUUCCUUUUACCAGAUCGCAGUAAAUAUGUAAAUAUGGAGAAACAGUUUUUGAAGAGUUACAUGGACCUUCUGGUAAAGACUUGUCAUAAGCGAGGUGCUCUUGCCACUGGAGGAAUGGCAGCACUGUUGCUGCCCCAAGACAAGGGGAGCUUGGCCUAUCAAACAGUGACAGCAAUUGUCACACGUUUGAAGAUGCUUGAAAUAAAUGCUGGAGUUGAUGGAUUCAUGGUGUACGAUAUGGACUUGAUUGAGCCAAUGUCAAAGCUUUUCCUGGAACACACUGAGGGACCCAAUCAGCUGCAUAUCCUAAGAAAAGAUGUGGAUGUGACUGCUAGUGAUCUGCUCACCAUGCCUUCUGGUGGAGUUACCCUGCAUGGACUAAAAUACAACAUUGGAGUUGGUAUUCUCUUCAUUGAAGCAUGGCUAAGAGGCCGAGGUCACUUUUAUUUUCGGGGUCAAGUGGAGGAUUCUGCUACUGCAGAAAUUUCCCGAUCACAGGUUUGGCAGUGGAUUCGACACGGUGUAAAGUUAGAGGAUGACAACAGAGUUGUCACCAGAAACCUUGUGCAAAUGCUUGUAAAGGAAUUAGGAACAGACCUACAGGAGGUUUUGGACUGCUACACUGACAGCUGCAAAUGGCGACUUACUGUUGCUUCUGAGAUGUUCCUUGAAAUUGUGCAAAAACGAGAUUUCCCAGACUUCCUCACUACAUACCUGAACUUGGAACACACAUUUUUAAGUGCAAAACAUUAAUUCCAUAGAAUCUGUACUCAACAAUAAGAGUUAUCCCAGCAACGUUUGUGUACACAAAAGGAAGUGGUAACAAAUGGAAAACUUUACGAAGGACUUCGAAUAAAUUUUUCAAAAAUCUCAGGAUUAGCACUUAUUGCAUCUUCGUGUUCCUAGAAAAGCCUUGUGUAACAUUGACAAGCUCACAUACUGAAACUCUGACCAGUGAUCAUUUACCACUGCGGCAGGAUUUAACCAAGCAGUGCACUACCAAAUCCUUUGCAAUCCAUUACUUUUGAAGCUUUAAAAAUAAUGACAAGGUAUUUGCUACCUUGUUGCCUUUCACUGACAAGUGAAUAAUCACACUUGUACCCACUGGCAAGAAUUCCACAUAAAUUCUGUAAAGCAUAAAGACACACCUAUUCUAUUUGAAGGUGGAGCUACAAGUGAUGCAGAAUUUUGGGGGAACACAAGUCAGGAUACAAUAGUUAGCUGUGGAGUACACCUCCUUCCAGGCAUGUCAAAGACAACCCCUGAAAAGCAGUUUCUAAAAUACGAAGUAUCAAAAUUGUUUAGGGCACUGCAUUGUGAAUAAACAAAUUAAUUUAGAUUGCACCAAGAACUAAUUCUACAUUCAGGUAGAUUGAUCUGAAUACCAGAAUAGAUGAAAUAUAGUUACACUGAUUACCAUUACCAGAUACCUGCUGAAUUACUUACAAUUUGACUAGCUAUAGACAUUCCUCAUGUGGGUUCAAAAAGUCAACACAAGAAAGACAAACAAGAAUUAGAGCAUACAAGUCUUCAAAACUGCUAUCAUUCAACUUGUACAUGAACUUUUUCAUUCUCUAGCCUAAUAUUUUUUGAGUCACUAUGCACUGAAGAUUUUUAUCAAUCUCAAUCUUGAGUAUGUUCAUCAACUAAAUAUUUGCAGCCCUUCUGGCAUACAGAAUUCUAAAGAUUCAUAUUUGAGUGAA